GAGGGAUUGCGUGCUAUUCUGUAUGGCAACAGCAUGCGAGGGGGCAGGAGAAACGGGGUGCUGCUGGAUUAUAGCAGAAAUCAUGGGUAGUAGCACAGAGCAGGUAAUCAGGCUGUGCACAAACGCAGGGCGGCUAUCACAUCGAUCGACCAAGAUGUGGGUGUAGGUCAGGGUGCUGGAUAGGAGAAUUAGCCACAGAAGCAGAUUUCCACUGCAGGAUUUUCUCUCUUUAUCCAUAUCUCUCUCAGAUCCCUAAUCUACCAACAAACCUUCUGUACGACAGGCACCCUUAAUUUCGACCUUAGGCAUCAUCAUGCUGACCAGCAUUGCGGAACGUAUCAUGUAUUGCCUAACAGGCAAAACCCCCAACUCUGUGCGUCCAGUAGAAACAUCAGAAACCAGCGAUGGCUAUGAUUUCCUGGAGGUCAAACCAGGCCGGGUCUUAAGAGUGCGGCAUAUAUUGCCUUCUUGUCCUGGUGGUAGAGAUGAGGAAGAAUUAGUUGGAGAAAAAAAUGGAGGUCAAGGAUUGGUCCAUUGCAAACGCCGGAUCACUGUUUACCGUAAUGGGCAGUUAGUAAUAGAGAAUCUCGGGGCCACUCUUCGUUCAGAGAUCUUGCAUUGCCGCAAUGGUAAUUCAGAGCCUGCAGGGACACUGGAGGUGGAGCUGUCUGAUUUCACUAGUACAGGCAAUGAAGGAGGAAAGGAGAGUGAUGCUCCCCCUGGUAAGCGAAGGAAACGCAAACCCAAGAAGGUAAUUAUGGUUGAUUGCCAAAGACAGGUGACGUGUUGCAAAGGAACCCAUUCUGAUGUAGUCCUGUUUUUCAUCCAUGGAGUUGGGGGUUCCCUUGAUAUUUGGAAGGAGCAAUUAGACUUUUUCUCCAAACUUGGAUAUGAAGUAGUGGCACCAGAUUUGGUGGGGCAUGGAGCCAGCACUGCUCCACAGAUUGGAGCUGCUUACAGCUUCUAUGCCCUUGCAGAAGACAUGAGGUGCAUUUUUAAACGCUAUGCCAAGAAAAGAAACAUCCUGGUUGGACAUUCCUAUGGAGUUUCCUUCUGCACUUUCUUGGCCCAUGAGUAUCCUGACUUGGUGCAAAAAGUAGUCAUGAUCAAUGGAGGAGGUCCUACAGCACUGGAACCCAGCCUGUGCUCUAUUUUCAGUAUGCCCUCCUGUGUACUACACUGCCUGUCUCCUUGCCUGGCCUGGAGUUUCCUCAAGGCUGGAUUUGCAAGACAAGGUGCCAAAGAGAAGCAGCUCCUGCGGGAGGGUAAUGCCUUCAAUGUGUCAUCUUUCGUGCUUAGAGCCAUGAUGAGUGGACAGUAUUGGCCGGAAGGGGACGAGGUCUACCAUGCGGAACUUACAGUCCCUAUUCUAUUGGUGCAUGGCAUGCAUGACAAAUUUGUUCCACUUGAUGAAGACCAAAGAAUGGCAGAGAUUCUCUUGAUCACUUUCCUGAAGGUAAUAGAGGAGGGAAGCCACAUGGUAAUGCUGGAGUGUCCUGAAACUGUUAACACACUUCUCCAUGAGUUCUUCCUGUGGGAACCAGAAACUCAGAGCACUACAGCAGAGGAUACUGGGAACGAAUGAAGAGAAGGACAAUCAUAGAGUGGCUAGAAUCAGAAGACUUUUCUGCUAUUGCCCCAAACAAUGGAGAAAGUCAAAGUUGGGUGAAAAAGCCUGGUGGUCUAUUUUCACUAGCCAAAGUUUUACUAAAGACUUUGGCUCCCAGAAGAUGGCGAAAAAGGGAGAAAAUAUCUUCAGAAAAGGCAGAAAUUGUAUGUAUACAGCUUUAGGAAGAAUGUUUCCACCACCCUUCCUGCUUACACUUUGCCGAGAAAAAUAUAGCAGAAUGUAGAAUAAAAUUGCCAGGGGUGCAUUGUCGUGUAACACAUCAGACUAAUUGGCAGAUUUAGGUUGUGCUAGCCACAAACAAUGCUGUCCUAAUCCUACAAUCAAAGGAAGAGAUCCGACCGGAGUCUGAGAAGUAAUGAGAGCAAAACAUAAAUAGAAGACUGCAAAAUCACCUAUUACUUGUUCUUUGAAUAAAACAGUGUUGAUCUAUAGAACAUUUUCCUCUUGUAGGCAGGGUACUUCAAGUUAACCUCUUUCUUGCCAGGGACUUACUCCAGGCAGCAAACAAGUUAAUAACCAUUGAAAUGACUGUACUCAUAGCAGGCCCAGUGGAUGAAAAAGGGGAUAAAUUUAAAAGCUUUGAGACAAUGAAAAAUCCAAGCUAAAUGUACAGUCUGUGGCUCACAUGUAAUAUGAAUAUGCCAGGUUUUUAUCCUCCUGUUGUAAACACUGGCACCACAAACUGCAGUAUUAACUCUAAAUAAACAUAAUUUAUUAAAA